AUGUCUAAUAUCACAGGACCGGUUGUCAAUGACCAUGGGGCACCAAGUGGAAGCCCCGCUGUUGCAUUCGUCAUUGGUGUUUCUAUCGUUCUGCUUGCCUCCAUCCUGAAUGCUGGUGGACUCAACUUGACCAAACUGGACCAUGUGCGCACAAGUGCAAUACCGAAAGCAUCAAGGCGGAAAGAUUGGUUGAGGCCGUUAUGGCUUCUAGGAAUGAUUCUUUACAUAUUGUCCCAAUUAAUUGGGAGUACGCUCGCACUUCGGUACUUGCGCGCGGAAUACGUAGCACCGCUCGGCGCAACGUCGCUUAUAUUCAAUUUCCUAUUUGCGUCUCUAUUGGUCGGCACUCCAGUCACAAAUACAGACAUUUACGGCACGAUCGUUGUCAUCCUCGGUGUCGUCGGCAUUGUUGCUUUCGGUUCUAUAAAUUCUGGUCUUGAAAUGGGCAUGGACCUCGAACUUCUUAAGACUCUUUGGGCUCGUGGUCAAUGGCUUAUGCUAUUUGCCGUCAUGACAACUGCGUUGACGCUCGUGUACAUCUUUGCUGCUCAAUUAGACCGUGUGCUCGCUGCGCGAGCGGACAUCAGUGCUGUUCCGUUUGCAGCACAACUGAAUAGACAAGAAGGAAGAGUACUUCUACCUCAAACGCCUUGGUGGAAGCGCGUAGUGGUACGGUGGCAAGAUAUGAUGGGUUGGGUCGCGGAACGACUGGAAACAUGGACGGCAGCAAAGGACGAUAAGACACUUGCAUGGACACUCGGAAUUGCGUGGGCAUGUUGUGGAGGUGGACUUGCUGGUGGAUGCCUUGUCUUUGCACGGACAUCCGUGCAACUUCUGUCGUACGCGUCCACUCAACCUCACCCCGGUUCGCAGUUUGCACACAUCGCACCUGUGGCAACCUUCAUAUUCCUCGCAGUGACGGCCGUAUUCCAGAUCAUAUGCCUUAAUCGUGGGUUACGAGUGUUUGACAGCACACUCGUCGUUCCUGUCUUUUAUGGCGUCUACACGGGAACAGGCGCGCUUGAUUCUCUUAUUUUCAAUGCCGAGGUCGAGAAGUAUCAUACCUGGACGCUCAUACUUAUAUUUUUAUCGAUUAUGAUUUUGGUCUCUGGUGUUGUGUUGCUCACGCACAAGAAACCUGAACCUGGAUCAGGACCUCGCGGUACUGGACACGUACCACUCGGCGCAAUUCCUGCUUCACGUAAGGCGAAGGGCGGAGCUAACGCUGAUAUCGAGGAUGCAUCACCGCACGAAUCAGAGGCUUUACACAACGAAGGAGAUAACAGUCCUGUGGUUUGGGAAGUCGGCGCCGCGAGCGAUGAUGAGGAAGACGAUGCGACAGUGCACGAGGCUGAACAAAGUCCGAAGGAUGGAAGACCUGCGAAGACUGGUUUAGCUGGGAGUAUGCCCGGGGAGGAAGGCAGAGGACUUAUACGGCAUGGGGAAGAAGACCAUGAUGCAGAGGAUUGGUGA